AUGCUUAGUGGGGAAGAGCUUUCCUUAUAUAGCUCAGGUCCAAAUAAUGCACAGUCUGCACAGAAGACUUUCUCAUUUGCAGUGAGGGAUUCACUGAUUAACGUUGGCCCUUUGAAAGACUUUUCUUACAGUUUGAGAAUCAAUGCUGACCCUAAUGCAACAGGAGUUGCUAAACAAAGUAACUAUGAACUGAUGGCGAUAUGUAUCAAAGGGGGGCAGAAUGGCACUCUACAACAAAUGUGUACAGAGCAGUGGAAGCUUACUCCGAAAUUUGCCAUACCCGUUGCUAUAUAGUGGUGUCCUUUAGAGGGGUCGUUGUCUCUGUUAACUUAUUCUCGACAUUGUGGUAUCAUUCUUAAGAGGGCUUGUGUUUUUCCUCUUUUUAUUCGUGUGUUUGUGGUCCUGGUGUGAGCGGUCUUCUUUUGUUUUUUGUUUUCUUGUUUU